ACAACCACAACAAUAAUAAACUGUUGCCAUCAUGGAGUUGGAAGAAUUAUCAAAUCUCAGUAAAAAUGACUUUUUACCAUUAAUACCAUCGAUAAAACAAGAACAAUUGGAUACAAGUCUAACCGAAAUGGAUACUCAAGAUCAUUUGGGCGGUGCUGCUGGUUCCACUGCAGCAUCUACAACAUCCUCGUCUAUUGUUAAUUCGUGUGAUAGUGCUGAAAAAAGGUCGGAAUCCACAUCAAAUUCAAUAUCAUCGAAUAAUUCCAAACCCAUCGCCACCAAAUGUGUAUUUUGUUCGCAAACAUUGGGCGUUAAUGAUCGACCCAAAUUACUGGAGUGUUUACACGUAACCUGUGCUCAAUGUAUGAGCACCAAAUUUGCCGAAUUGGAUCGAACAAUGCAACCGCUCAUACAUUGCCCAAUGUGUAAUAUAGAAUCACACAAUGAAUUCAUCAUUGAUAAUCAAUUCCUCAUUGAACACUGCACGGCCGGUGAAAUGCUUAGCGAUGCCAAUGAAUCGUCCGGUGGCAGUAAAGCCUCAGCCAAUAUACCCUGUAGCAGUUGUUCAGAUAAUAACAUUGCCACAUCGUGGUGUGUCGAUUGUUCCGAAUAUAUUUGUGAUAGUUGUGUGCAAGCCCAUCAACGUCUUAAGAUUACCAAGGAUCAUACCAUCAAACCCAAAGAGGAGGCUAACAGCGAACAAUCGCCCAGUUCGGCGGUAGAUAAAUUACACAUGUGCAACUUGCAUCCGCAAGAAAAACUCUCGCUGUACUGUGAAACCUGUGAAAAACUAACCUGCCGUGAUUGUCAGCUCUCCGAUCAUCGUGAUCACAAGUAUAAGUUUGCCCAUGAGAUAGCCACUGAAACUAGACAGUCCAUAAAUUCAAUGGUGGCCGAAAUAAACUAUAAACGUUUCCUGCUCUCCUCCGCCAUGCAAGUCAUUGCCGAACGGCAAAAGGUUAUAUCGGACAAGAAGAAGGAGUUAAUCAAAGAAAUAACCGCCAUGGUGGUGACCAUAACCAACACGGUGAAUAUGCGUGGCAAACAGUUGGUUAUGCGGCUCAACGAAGUGUGUGACAGCAAGCUGAAACUGCUUAUCGACAAACGUGACUCGUUGAUCUCGCUAUCCGACAACACAGACUAUUGCAUUGAGUUCAUCAACAAUGUCUUGGAUAAGGGCAGCGAUUAUGCCAUAUUGUCGAGCAAGAAAUCGUUAGUGCGUCAUUUGCAAAAGCUUAAAUGCCAGCGUGCCGACAUACCCAAUCCAGAUAUACCAUUGCGUAUUGAUUUACAAAUGUGUCAAAUACAACAAUUGCAAAAAGAAAUAUCCCGACUUGGCAGCAUUCUAGUUGAUGGCAAACCAUAUCCACCCCAGCCUUCACCACCGCCCCAACAAGUGCGACAGCAACCCAGCCCAAAUAUGGCACCACCCCUACGGCCGGGUAUGCCACCGGGUAUACCCUCAGGCCUAUCACCUGGUGGACCACCACCGGGAGCAUUUGGUGGUCCCCAAAAUGGCCCUGGCCUGUAUAGUAGUAGUUCACAACAACAGCAUGUACAUAAUAUGCAAAUGAAUCGCAACUUUGCUGGAGACGGGCCAGGUAAGGUGCGUUAUAGCGGAAUGCCACCCACAUUGGCAAUGCAACGGCAAGGAGGACAACCCCAUGUUAGUUCAUCAACACAUCCCCAAAAUAUGGACAUAAGCCUUCGUGGUUUGUUGAACAAUCAAGCUGCUCAGAGUCCAAAUCAACCGCCUCACAUGCAACCUUUCAAUGGUCCACCAAGUUAUCCGGGCGGACCACAGGGCGCACCAUCACCGCAUCAGCAAAUGGGUCCACAAAUGCGUCAGCAUUUUAUGACAGGUCCACCGGGUCAACAUCAGCAGAAUUUCCCACCCACGCCGCCUGGUGGACCAAGUAAUCCGAAUUUCAUGAACAAUAGUGCAGCCGCUGCAGCAGCAGCUCGAUUUCAAACCUAUCAACGUAUGUCAAGUCAUGCACAACAACAAGCGGCUGUAGCCGCAAUGGCCUCAAGCGGACCAGGUGGCGGACAAAUUCCGUCACCGGGACCAAUGCAAAGGCCACAAAUGCACCACUCACCCAUGCAAAAUAACAUGGGGUUUCACGGAAAUCAACCCAACUACAACCCCGGCCAUCCCCAAACAUCGCCUCAACUAAGUGGCAAUAGUGGUGGUAGUUUACACAUGGCCAAAUGGCACAUACCUCAAUCCGCUCAAGCUUGUCCCCAACAAGGUCCUAAUUUGAUGGGGUUUGCCAAUGGUCGCCAAAAUGAAAAUUUUAAAAUAUCUCUAAAAUCACCAAAUACUCUCAAGAAUACAACACCUCCCACAACAGCUAGUGGCCCGGGCCAUGGCAUGCCCGGCGGCAGUAGUGGUUCAAGUUCGGGCGGUAAUUCUCUAAUCAAUGCUGCAUCGUUGGGUUUAAGUCCAGCCGUUUCUAUCCUGCCAAAUGUAACAUCAACAAAUCCCAAGACACCAAGUCCAAGUACACAUGAGAAUCCUAAAGAUUUUACCGAACCCAUUGAUAAAGUUCGGGAUGAUUCCAUAAAUGAUUUAAUGGCAACUAUUGCCAAACUGGAUUCAAAUGGCGUUCAGGUACUACCAGAAGGACGUACAAAAACCACAUCGCCACAAGUUCACAGUUCAACAGAUUUAUCCAAUACACAAGAAGAUGAUCCCAAUGAAGAUUGGUGUGCCGUUUGCUUGGAUGGCGGUGAACUGAUGUGCUGUGACAAAUGCCCCAAAGUUUUCCAUCAAAAUUGUCAUAUUCCUGCUAUAUCAUCGCUUCCCGACGAAAGCGAAAGUUGGCAAUGUCUACUCUGUGUCAAUCUAAAAGAGUUGGCAAACAAUCCGGAAAAUCUGCAAAAGAAUGCCGGUGAAUUGAGCCGUUUGGAAUUACAGAUACUGCAACGUAUAUGUUUGGAACUGUUUUGCCAAUAUGAACAAAGUUUACAUUUCCGUGAGCCGGAGCCACCAUCAAAUACGGCAUACUAUGAAAUUAUAUGCAACCCCAUGUCUUUGGAUGUUAUACGCACACGUUUGGAUCCAUCAAGUCCCAAUCAUUAUAAAGACAUUGCUUCAUUUAUAGCAGAUGUUCGCUUGAUUUUUAAGAAUACUUACCUAUUCUAUCAAGUGAGUAAUAUGGAGGAUUCCAAAACCUAUACCAACGCUAAAUAUUUGGAGAAUUUCUUUGAAGAGCAAUUAUCGAAAUGGUUACCCAGUUAUGCUAAUAAAAAUCACAACAACAAUUCCAAUGUUUUGCUAACAAAUCCUCUAACAAAUGGAGGCGGCGGUAGUAACAGUAAUGCUGCUUCUACAUCAGCAUCACCGGCACCGGGAGCACCCUCCCCAUCGCUAGACAACAGCGGUCGUAAAAGUGUUAAUUCGGCCAUACUUAAUAUGAAUACGAAUAGUAAUGGCAGUACAGCAUCUUUACAUCGUUCCGGUGAUGACAAUACCGAUGAUGGGUGCAAUCCGGCAAAGAGAGCGCGUAAACAGACCGAAUAGGCAUUACGCCCAUUUGCAGCCGAAUGCAAAAUAACAGUAACUAAACUAGAAAAAAUAAAA